ACGGAAGUGGCAUUUGUUUCUUCCGUUGUUUUCCCCGAAGUGACCCUAAUACGGCUACUCGUUAUUUUGAGCCGAAAUGACGAGUUGCUGCGUGGUUGGCUGUAGAAACCGUUAUUCCCCCAGCAGCAGCAUUAAAUUCUACCGGAUCCCGUGUGGAAGCCGGCCUCUCCAAGUCAACCGGAGGCGUUUGUGGAUAAAAGCGAUCAAGCAGGCGAACGGGAAAGACUACGAUUUCUCAGGACAUGCUCGGAUUUGCGGGGCUCAUUUUAUCUCCGGAGAACUUUCCUUGGACAACGAGAGCCCGGAUUUUGUGCCCUCCGUGUUUCCAAACAGCAUUCAAAGACAGAAUCAGAAUGGUCUUAGAAGGGGUCGCUCAAGAGGUCUAAGAGAAAAGGACGAACUGGAGGAGAAACCAUUUUCUCCUGAAGCACCUGAAGCUAAGCCUCCUGUUGACCCCAACCCCCCUGUUUUGAUGGAGAUUGAGAUUUCAGGAGAAACACCAUGCCUGUCACCGUCAAAGCCAAAGGAAGAAGCAUUGACCAAAGAAGUUGUGCCAGAAAUCGAAAACAUGGAAAUGCAGGAAACAUCCAUUAUAAAUAAAACAUUACCAGAACAACCAAAAGGCAUUUUACCAGUAAUUGAAAUGUAUCCUGUUGUGACCCUAAAGCCUCUCAUUAUGCAAAAUGGUGCUUUUCGUUGUGACCUGUGUAAUGAAACCUUCGCCAGUGCGUCACAGCUUGUGAAACACAGACGGCAGCAUGAAGAACCUAAGUCCUCUGAUUCCAGUGAAGCAGGUUUGACUGAGCCCCAUCCCGUCCCUAACCAGGAGCCAUCUUUUCCCUGUAACAUGUGCGAUCAAUUUUUUACGACAAGUCGCAACCUCAAGCGUCACAAACUGCUUCAUGUUAAAGACUGCAGGAAGUGCCUCCGGUGUGGUACUAUGUUCUGUCGACGCCACAACCAUUUUUUGUUUUGGCCACGAUCCGAGCUGAAAACCUUGGUUCAAAAAGACUCUUUGAGUGCUGAGGCGGACAGUUUAGACCACAGUCCUAAAAAGAUGGAGCCUGAUCAGUCGUCAGAAAUGGCUGAAACAGUUUCUUUCACUGAUAAACAUGCUGUUGUAGUCUCUGAACUCACACCAAAGAUGUCCAAAACUGCUGAGACACAACCACCAACUUCUCUUUCUAAUGAGCCUUCAGUCUUAGCCUCUGAACAAGUCUUAAAGAUGUCAGAAACAGCCGAAACUCAACCACCAGUUCCGUCCACUGAUGAGCCUUCAGUCUUAGUCCCUGAACAAGUCCCAAAGAUGUCAGAAACAGCCGAAACUCAACCACCAGUUCCGUCCACUGAUGAGCCUUCAGUGAUUGUCCCUGAACAAGUCCCAAAGGUAUCAGAAACAGCUGAAACUCAACCACCAGUUCCGUCCACUGAUGAGCCUUCAGUCUUAGUCCCUGAACAAGUCUUAAAGAUGUCGGAAACAGCUGAAACUCAACCACCAGUUCCGUCCACUGAUGAGCCUUCAGUCUUAGUCCCUGAACAAGUCUUAAAGAUGUCAGAAACAGCCGAAACUCAACCACCAGUUCCGUCCACUGAUAAGUCUUUGGUCUCAGACCCUGAACUUGUACUGACUACCUCCUGUAAGUUACCAGAAAUCAUAAAGCCUUCCCUGGUGUCAGUGCAACCCCCUCCUGCACCCUGCCCACCACCUCUAGUCUCCACAUUCCAGACAAACAGAGACAGCUCAACUGAAUGUACGUCGAUGCCCAACGACACACCUGAUUUAGGACUAUACGGUCUACCUCAUCAUCAAGAACUCCCAUCUGCGCUGAAAGUCUUUUCACCUCAGUACCUCACCUCAGCGCUGCUUGAUGUCGAGAGAAAUUAUGAAUAUAUUUUAAACAGGGCAAAGACUGUUCAGGUUGAGAACGUUGUCGAGGAGGAACCAGAGGACCCGGAUGAACCAGUGUUCAUUUGUCCAGUUGUGACACCGGUGAAGCCGGCUAAAGGGGAAAAAAUUGCUUAUGACCUGGAGAUAAUCUUGUGAUGCAAACCAUGAUCUAAGUGUUGCUGAUAAAACUGCUGCAGUUUCACUCCACUCACCGAGUCACUGAUGUACAUUUUUUGAAAUACUUCAUCGUAGGACAGGUGCUUAUUAUGCAAAAGCAGACAAGAAAUCACUGUCUCUUGGUUACAUUUUGAUAGUACUGGAAUACCAAGAUGAGCCUUUGAAUGAAGUCUUGAUCCAUCUCAUUGUAGGGUGUGUGUGUGUGUGUGCGUGCGCGUGUGCGCGCGCGCUGCAGGUGUUUGGAACUUUUAGUGAUAAGAUUUAGCUCAAACUCACUGGUAUUCUCUGCUUUAGUUGGAUUUUACUUCUCUCUUCACCUGUGAUGGGUGACUCAUAUCUUAGUUAGCUUAGAACUUUUCGUCCCCACCGUUUGGCUAAUUGGUAGCAUGUGAAAUACAUCUCAACAACCCCUCCACCACUGUUGCAUUUCGAGGGAAAAAUCUUUAGAGGACACCUAACGAUGACUUCAUUUAUCAUACAAGUUACCUUUGAUUGGAGUUUUUCUACCUCAGCUAAUAGGAAUCAUUUGCUUGUUUACACAGGUUUGCUACAUUUGGACUUGAUCUAUGCAUAUUGUGCACUAACUUGCUACUUCUUUUGUAUUUAGUACAAACAUUGUAGAUUUAUUUUUGUUGUGUUGCGGUGCAAAAGACAGCAAUGGCAUUGGAAGGAGAGACUGUCAUUCAGACAUGUGUAGCUUGUAUUGUGACUGCUGUUGACCCACCGACUUCCUUGACUGUUCUGUCUUCUACCGUUGUUAACUGAACUUUUUUAUUCUGACAGUAGCUUGGUCACCAUUUUAUUUUGGAUGUGUUUGUUGCUGCUAGUUAUUUUGUUUUUAUAAAUCUUGUAUCUUGACCGUCACCUUUAUUCUUGUACAGGAUACAGCUACCAGAGCUAUUAUCUUAAAUAUCUUGUUUUUGUGUCUCAUUAGCUGCCUACAUCCUAAAAAAUAAGCCUGCUAGAGUACAAAUAAGCUAACCCUACUUUCUACAACUUCACUGACUUUCGAAAGGCCAUUGGAACAUGAAAUAAAUGAGUUGUGCAUUGUGUUAUAGUUUAUAUUCCUAACAAAUCUACACUGAAAUAAAAACUAUAUUUGCAAGAUG